ACUCCGUCCCAUGAGAUUCCGGACAGAAGGGUUAUUCGGUGCCCCCCCAUCUUCCCCGACUAAGUUUUACACGGCCCGCAAGAAACUUCACUCAAAAGUUCGUGAGAGCGCAGCAGAUGCUGGCGGACGCCGUGUCGCCGUUGUCAUCAUGUUUACGGUCGCCCAAAGAUACCCGUUGAGCAAUCCACUUUGGCUCGAGUGAACGUCAUUCGCCCAGCGCUAUGCUAGGGACGGCAAGUGCAGUACGCCGUUUCCUGACCUAGUAAUUAUUAAAACUGGAGCUCGUCUUCAAGAUGAUCGUCAUUUCACCGCCACGCUUAUGAUACCGGCCGACGAGGGUCGCCUACGAGAAGACUCAUCAUGCCGUUCAGAAAGAAUCGAAAGCCGGGAAAAGUUGUCCCAGUUCGGGUCUCUACGAUGGAUGCCGAACUGGAAUUUGAUCUUGAGCCAAAAGUCACCGGUCAGGAGCUUUUCGAUUUGGUUUGCCGAACCAUUGGCCUGAGGGAAAGUUGGUACUUCGGUCUGCAGUACGAGGACACGAAAGGAUUCGUCGCGUGGUUGAAGCUCGACAAAAAGGUUCAAGACCAAGAUGUGGCCAAGAAAAGUCCACUCUGCCUGCUCUUUUUGGCAAAGUUUUAUCCCGAGGAUGUUUCUGAAGAGCUCAUACAGGAAGUCACACAGCAUCUUUUCUUUCUGCAGGUGAAACAGGCCAUCUUGAGCAUGCAUGUGUACUGUCCACCAGAAGCCUCUGUUCUCCUGGCAUCAUAUGCGGUUCAGGCAAAGUACGGAGACUACGACGAGACAACAUAUAAACCGGGCAUGCUGGCCAACGAUGAUCUGCUGCCCCAGCGAGUCAUCGACCAGUACCAGAUGACAUUGGAGAUGUGGGAGGAACGAAUCAAGGUCUGGUACGCUGAUCACAAGGGUAUGACGAGGGAUGAAGCUGAGAUGGAAUACCUAAAGAUUGCCCAAGACCUGGACAUGUAUGGAGUCAACUACUUCCGCAUAAGUAACAAAAAAGAGACGGACCUUUGGCUCGGAGUCACUGCCUUGGGCCUGAACAUCUAUGAAAAAAACAACAAACUGUGCCCCAGGAUCUCUUUUCCUUGGAGCGAGAUUCGCAACAUCUCGUUUGAUGACAAGAAGUUCAACAUCAAGCCCGUUGACAAGAGUGCACCCUGUUUUCAGUUUUACUCAUCUAAGAUACGAAUGAACAAACUGAUCCUGGAUCUCUGCAUUGGCAACCACGACUUGUUCAUGCGCCGCCGGAAGCCAGAUUCAAUGGAGGUGCAGCAGAUGAAAGCACAGGCCAAAGAGGAGAAACUCCGGCGCCAGACGGAGCGCAACAAGCUGACCCGGGAGAAGCAGCUCCGCGAGGAGGUUGAGAAAGAGAAAGCAGAGUUGGAGCAGCGGCUGUUGCAUUAUCAAGAGGAAGCAAGAGCAGCACAUGAUGCCCUGAGGCGGUCGGAGGAAACUGCCGAACUUCUGGCUGAGAAGUCCCGGGUGGCGGAAGAGGAGGCCAUGCUGCUCACACAGAAGGCAGCAGAGGCGGAAGCUGAGAUUCAGCGGAUCAAGAUCAGUGCCAUCAAGACCGAAGAGGAGAAGAUAAUGAUGGAGCGGAAGGCACGGGAAGCAGAACAGUUGGUAGCCCGCAUGGUGGAGGAGUCUGCGAGGAGAGCCGAGGAGGCUCAUCAGCUGAAGGAUGAGCUCUUCCAGGCCCGCCUGGCAGAGAAGCAAGCCAAAGAGAAACUUCUGGGAAUCUUCAGGAGCCCCUAUGAAGUACGGACGACUUACGAGAACUCGGUUGUGGUGCCCGACGUGCCAACAGUAGCGACGAGCAACCUGCCCGCCAGUCUUGACCAUAGCAGCUUUAACCUGGACAGUUCCACGCUGCAUUCGCCGGUCAGCAUCAGCUGCGACUUCACCACCGACGCUGACAUGGCCCAGCUCUCCAUGGAAAUUGAAAAAGAACGCGUGGAGUAUCUGGAGAAGAGCAAGCAUUUGGCCGAGCAUCUGCAGGAGCUCAAGUCAGAGAUCGAGGUGCUCAAGGUGGAGAACAAGCUCACCUCCAUGGACCUCAUUUACGAGGACAACGUGCUGCGAGGCGAGAACAAGUACUCUACUCUUAGGAAGACGAAGUCGGGCUCCACGAAAGCCAGGGUCGCCUUCUUCGAGGAGUUAUGAUAACUACUUAAUUCUUGUUGCCUGGAAACGGUGUGUUUAUAUAUGUACGUUUUGUUUUAUAUGUGCGC